AUGCUGAGAUACCCAGCACUUUUGUCGAGGACGGGCACACUCUCGAUAUCGUACCGGACUGUGCGCCAUGCCGCUUCGACGUCAAAAUCCCCGGCGAGGUCUCCGCCUCCUUUGAUAAAGAUACGAAAUGGAAGCUUUUUUCGUUCUUAUCCUUCAUCGGCCGGCGUUGACCCGACCAAUCGUCCGCUUCUUACCCAAGUCGAUUUUACCCUCGACUCUAGGCCUGCGGAGACACCGGAUGGUACGAAAACGAGGCGCCUACAACCCGAAAAAUCAAAACUACGUACACCCUCUCACUGGGCCGUGAUUGGGCCUGGAAGCACUACAUUUCUCAAUAUUCUGCGAGGCCAGCACAUCGCCGUGCCUCCGAAGUCACGCUCAUACCCCUACUUAUCGUCAGACGAGUUUUCUCCGAAGGAGUCAAAGCUAAGGCACCCGAGCAAUGCGAUUCAAUACGUGGGUUUCAGUGGCGAGGGAUCUCAGGCCACUGGCGGGACACGAGGGGCAUAUCUCAGCGCAAGAUACGAAAGUCUACGCGAGGAAACGGAUUGGACCGUGCUGCAGUACUUGAAGGGCCAAACAGAGUUAAAUCCACUGGAAGGCAAAGAAUCUACGGAGCUGUACGAUGAGACUCGCUUUCAAGAAGUGGUUCAGAACUUGAAAUUGCGAGACCUUUUAGACAUGCCGGUCUCCAACUUGAGCAACGGCCAAACGCGACGUACACGAAUAGCCAAAGCCCUGUUGGCUCAGCCAGAACUGCUUUUACUAGAUGAGCCUUUCAGCAAUGGAAUUGCUUUCAGCGGAGAAAAGAAACAAUAUUUGACGAGAGUAGCGGAAACAAUCUCCGACCAUCAACAUCACUCUAACGGGAGUCUCAAAAAGGACAUUGGUCAAACACCCCGGACCCCUAUUACUCUCGAUGGGGAACCCAUCAUUGAAAUGGACGGAGUUCGUGUCCAAUAUGGUGAAAAAGUCGUUCUCGGAGAUUGGAAGCAGACCGUACUAGAUGAUGAUCAGAAGGAAGGCUUGCAGUGGCAAGUCCGCCGUGGUCAGAGAUGGGCCAUCCUGGGGGCCAAUGGCUCUGGGAAAACGACGCUGUUGUCUGUUAUUACAUCUGACCAUCCGCAAGCAUACGCACUGCCCGUUCGCAUGUUUGGUCGUUCCCGUCUGCCUGAACCAGGAAGACCUGCUAUAUCGAUUUUCGACCUACAAUCUCGCAUCGGCCAUUCAUCUCCCGAGAUACACGCUUUCUUCCCUCGACAGCUAACCAUACGCGCAUCAAUUGAAUCCGCAUGGGCAGAUACUUUCCUCGCAAAGCCAAUCUUGAAAUACGAAAUAGACACACUCGUGGACCGAGUCUUGGAACAUUUUAGGCCAGAAUUAGACCCCAAUUUCGCAGAUCCCAAGGGCGAUGUGAAGGGAGUUGACUUGUCAUUUAUGCCUGAAAGGUUUCAAAAGAAGGUCUUAUCUGAUGAUGAUGAUGAUGACCCUCUUGAGUGGCAGAUCAAAGGUGCCACUACACCCGGCCCAGAUCAUUCCACUCAAUACGCCGAAUCCGUGACAUUCGGCCAGCUCACCGUUGCCCAGCAGCGCUUGGUGCUUUUCAUUCGCGCCAUUAUAAAGAAACAAGACCUUAUAAUCCUCGACGAAGCCUUCUCAGGCAUGCCCGCUUCCAUGCGCGAAAAAUGUUUUGCUCUUCUCAACAGCGCUGGACCAUCCAAGACAGAGAUUGCGGCGUCAGAGGAAGGAUCUAUCCCUCAUCUCCCGUAUUUAGGCCCUGACCAAGCAUUGCUCGUGGUCAGUCAUUUGAGAGAGGAAAUCCCGGACUCAGUACGGUUCUGGAUGCGUCUUCCCUCUGAAGUCGGUGACGGCAAGAAGCUGAAAUUCGCUCUCGGCCUUGUACCGGAUAGCAUUACGUUGGCAAAGGACCAGGAUGCUUGGAAGACUGUUUGGUCUGUCAAUUCAUUGACCUCUGCAAAUAUGAAGUCUACUACUGCUGGCGAAGAGAGUGAAGUUGAUCCUAAUGAUGCCGAAAAGUAUCAUUAUGUGCUUCCAACCGUUGACUAG